AUGGGUAGAAAUGUCAAAGUACCAGCGACCAAGGCCUGCGAUUAUUGUAGGCUUCGCAAGAUCAAAUGCAUCGCGUCCGAAGCUGGUAAAGAUUGCCAGGCAUGCACCCUUGGAGAGCUAGACUGCAGCUAUAUCAUGCCUAACAAACGACGCGCUCCAGAAGCGAUGUCGACUCCGCCAUCAACUUCGGAGAUUGGAAACAACAUGAUCGACCAAUCUCCUAGUGGCAGCUCACACUCUGCUUCUCGAACGUGCUUGGUGCAUCGGCUCGUUUCUUGCCCAAGCUUCGACAUAAUUAUGCAAGACUAUCUGGAUGUCCUUUACGCACUUAUGCCAGUCCUACACAUUCCGACAUUCGUGUCAAAUCUACAGAACGGAAAACAUCAUCACGACCCGACAUUCCAGAUGUUCUGCCUAGCCAUGUGUGGAUGUGUCUUUGGCAUCUUACCACACAAAUUUGAGCAAUAUACGGAGCAAGAUGCAAGCACUGGUUUUACUGACAGAAGAAUGGCUAUUGCUGACAUUCAUCAUGCCAUCAUGGUAGCUCGUCCUCCAGAUUACCACGACGAACUCUCACACGAGAAGUGGGCUAUCAUGUAUCUGAUGUCGGUAACGAACGCACAUCUGGGUCAUCGCAACAGAGCUAAACUUCAAUUUGCUGAGUGCAACACCAUCGCUACCGAACUGGGGUUACACAGAAUUGCAAGCUAUCGCGAACUAGAUUACGUGGAGUCUCAGCUCAGAAAGAAAGCCUUCUGGCUGAGCUAUAUAGGCUGGUCACACUCUCGGACUAGAGAUGUGGAUUUUGACUCCAUUGGAGAUCGAUUCAAGUUCGAAACCGCUGAUGCUGAACAUCUAAUGCCCAUGGAGAUUGACGACGAGUACAUCACAACUACUGAAAUUAGUGCACAGCCUAUUGACAAGGUACCGCUCGUGUCUGGACUCAACGCCCUAAUUCGCAUCAGCGACUGCCUGGUCCCAAUUUUCAAAGAUGCUUCGUCGACGGCAUUGUCAUUUCAUACUGUCGAUGAACACUGCCAUGUCGACCUUGGAAGCUGUGCUUGCGGAAAACACAUACAAAAGGCGCCUCUGCAACCAUCGAUCAUGACGCGUUUGAUCAAAGCAACGCACACUCUGGACAACAUACCGGCACAAUUGAGUUGUUGGACUGCUUCGGAGACACCUUCGGACGCACAAUUUCAGAUCAUGACCGCCAACAUCCAAGUGACUCAUAUCUGGGUACAAAGCCUUCUACUCGAGCACUUGGUCGUGCUGAACAACGCAAAUGAAGCUACAGACCAGGAUCAGGCCUACCACCGGAAGCUUAUCUGGAAUCUACGAGAAGGCAUAUGUGAACAACUCAUGGAUGUUCUAAACCACAUCUCUGAAGCAAAUCUGAAGCCGAACGGAUAUGUUUUGAUUGUCAAAGCGAGAACAGUCGCUGCUAGUCUUUUGGAUUGUGCUCUUGAAGGCGACGACACCACCAUCCACCGAGCGCGUACAUAUCUACAAAGCUUUGCAGAUAUACUGGCACGUCUGGAUGAAAGCUAUCGCAACGAUGACACAUCGAGACUAUGGAAAGAGUUUCAUGCGAGAUUUUGA